UGGAAGCACUUUAAAACAAUUCAAUAUAAAAGAAUUUGAUUCCGUACAAUGUGAAAACCGUAAAAUUAUUGCUCAUGGUGGAUUUUCUCAUGUAUAUUCUAUCGUAUUCCAAGGAAAAUCAUACGCUUUAAAACGUUUAAAUAAAAACGAUAAUGAAGCGAGUAAAUUAUUAAAACGUGAG